CUCACCCAGGGACGCCCGAUUCGCAGCAGAGUGGGAGCAGGCAUCAUGAAUAAUCAAAAAGUCGUGGCUACAUUGCUUCAGGAGUGCAAGCAAGCUCUGGAUGUGCUCUCACCCAAGAUGUCUGAUGCAUCGGAGGAAGACAAGAGAGAGUACCAGCAGUGCAAAGCUUCGCUCCCUGAUGAUCUAAGGACCCUUAUUGAAGAGGCAAAGGAAAUGAAGUGGCCCUUCGUGCCAGAGAAGUGGCAAUACAAACAAGCCAUAGGCCCAGAAGACAAAACAAACCUGCAAGAUAUGAUCAGUGCAAGGCUGCAUGAAUUACUGGUUUAUUUGAAAGCCUCCAUCAUGGUCAAGGACUGUGCAACAGCGGCUGCUAUUGUGUUCCUGAUUGACCGAUUCCUAUAUUGGGUGGAUGCCUCCAGCAAACUUCUUCGGAUUGCCAAAGGCCUGCACAAGUUGCAGCCAGCCACACCAAUAGCCCCUCAGGUGGUUAUUCGCCUAGCUCGCAUCUCUGUAAAUACAGGAAAACUUUUAAAAGCUGAGUAUAUCCUAAGCAGCCUUAUAAAUGACAAUGGAGCAACAGGCGUGUGGCUGUAUGACAAGGAAAGUGAUAGGAUUCUUGUUCAGUCAGUCUGUAUACAGAUCAGAGGACAGAUUCUGCAAAAGCUUGGAAUGUGGUAUGAGGCAGCGGAGCUGAUUUGGGCUUCAAUUGUAGGCUAUUUCAAACUGCCUCAACCAGAUAAAAAGGGAGUUGCUACAUCACUGGGUAUUUUGGCUGCCAUCUUUGUUUCCAUGAGUGAGAAAGAUUAUAAUAGUUUUAAAAACAACUCUCAAGUUGACCUGAGCCUUCUCCAAGAGUUUGACCAUCGCUUACUGUCAGCUGCUGAAGCCUGCAAGCUGGCAGCAGCCUUCAGCCAGUACACCCCGCUUUUUGUGCUCACAGCGGUGAAUAUCCGUGGCACAUGCUUAUUGUCCUAUAGUUACUCCACAGAAUGUCCUCCAGAGAAGAGAAAGUUCUAUUUGUCUGAAGCUAAGGAAUCCUUUGAAAUUGGUCUUCUCACCAAGAAAGAAAAUGACCCUGUCACUAGCAGGCAGGAGCUUCAUAGUUUUAUUAAAGCAGCUUUCUGCCUUACAACAGUUCAUCGGCGACUCUACGGGGAGAGCAAGAAACUCUGUGAGGUGAGACAGCUAUGUAGUGAAGCCAUGGAGAAACUGUACACUUACAGCACUUCACCUUUUACAGAGGAUCAAGACAAAGAAACACUUGCUAAAGAGAUCAUGUCUUUGAUCAUAUCUGUCAAGGAGCAUUUAGAAGUACAAAGCUUCCCUAAUUCAGAUGCCAGGUCUUAUGUUCCUGAUAGUUACAAAGGUGGAGUGGAAAAGCCUAUCUUGCGUGGUGAGGUGAAUUUUGAGAAAAUCCUUGAAAUGCAUUCCCAGCAUCAUAGGUCAGUAAGUGAAGUAUUUGAAAGUACUUGCAGGAGUCAGGAAACCAGGCACAGAGAAGCCAAAAUGGGAGCUUGCAUCACUGCCUUAAAAACUGAAACUAAAAAUGUAGACACCAUGUGUACCACCGAAGAAAAAUUACGCUGUGGCAAGUACAGUGCCAAAAUCUCUGAUUCACAAAACGCAAGAAGAAGCCGUGAGAGACUCAGUGGCCGAAGGAGAUGGAUUAGUUCUAAUGUAAUGAACGUCUCCCUUGAAGAAGAAAUGGAGAGAAAGACAUUAGACAGAGUUACCAAUGAUGAAGAUGGCAUUUUCAGCAGUUUGCAAAGCAGGAGUCAAACCACUAGUUCUUUGAAGUCUUGGAGCAAGUUGUCAAAAUCAAGUUCCUCUGCUAGCUGGGAGGAGCUAGACUGUAAUGCUAGCAAUAAGCUGCCCAGAGAUUGGCAACCCAGGGAAAAGGGCUCAGUGGAUGAGCAGUGUUGCACAGCCUCAACUGAAUCUACUGAGGAAAAUGUUCAAGCUGGCAGCCUGCACUCAUUGUCCUUCCAAACUCAUCAUCUCUCUCUUCAAGAGUCACGGAGUGGCUGUUCAGGUCCUUCUCAGCAUUCAUUAAAGAAAAAUAUGCUCUUUGCUAAUAGACUAGCAGAUGCGUCCUCAGCUUCCAGAGAAGGGCUCUUGCAGGGGACAGAACCUGAAAGGGAUGCCUCAGAACAGAACGCAGGGGAUGCCAGUAGUAUAGACUUCAGGAACAAUGCUGUUUCUUUCAUGGACUUAAAGGGUGCCCAUUGUUCUGGUCCCAACAGACCCGAGAGGGAGACGAUUUCCUCUUCCCUGGCAGAAUUAGAAUCCUUUGAAAUGAUUGAGUCCAGAACCAAGGACAGCAAUAGAGACUUCAGUGUUGUUCACAGCCCUGCUCAGCACAACAUAGUAGAAGGAAAUGUAAUAGAUGCUGAAAGGUAUAAAAGAGUCACAGAGCCAUUAUCUAGAAAUAAUUAUGUGUGGAUUGACCCAGAAGGAGAUACUGUAGACAAUACAGAGGAUCCGUCAGUUGAGCCUCAUGUACCUAUAGGUAAGGUAGCUACUACUACAUCUAUAAGCAACAAGCCAAAAAUAGCAAGUGAUUCCUUUGUAUGUAACUGGAUUAAUAAAUCUUCUGCUGAAAUGGCUGGAAAUGAGUCUUUUGAAAUGCCUGAAGUCGACACCCAGGCAGAUACAGAAGAUGAAUGGGAGUUUGCUUUCAGCAAUAGCAGGAGUUCAGUAAACAACUCUCCUGCCACGAAUGCUCCAAGGCCUCAACUUAGCCCCAGGGUUGGGAUCAGAGUUUCACCAUCAGGGAGGAAGAAGCCAGAAGCUGACAACUUCAAUGACUGUGCUACCACAGAGGAAGAUGAAGCAGAAAAGUACAGGAACAUUCUGAACAGCAGACACAGCUCAAGCUCCUCUCUGAAAUCAUGGUACAAAUCAGCUCAGUUUUCCAGCAGUUUCUCUGAACUAGAGAGUCCAUCUUUUCUGAACUCCAGUGGGAGCUCUUUUGUCUUUGUGCCUGGGAGAACCAAAGAACAAAUCCUAAAAGCUCGCUUUCUAGAGGAUGCUGACUAUGAGAAGCUCUUGUCAGGUGUUGAGCAUAGCUGGCUAGUGCAGAGACUGGAGACUACUGGAAUAUUUAAGGCUAGACAACUCCACAAAGCAUACUCUGCUCUUCUUCUGAAAUACUCUAAGAAAUCUGGGCUGUGGACAGGCCAGGAGACAGCUGUGUAUAUUGGAGACUACCUGAGCGUGGCGAAGGAAGGCAAACAAAGGAAUGCAUUUUGGAUACAUUUUCUGCAUCAAGAAGAAACUUUGGGAAGGUAUGUUGGGAAAGAGUAUAAAGAAGAAAAGGGGCUUCUUAACCAUUUCAUUGAUGUGGAGCGACAAAUGACUGCCCAGUACUACGUGACGGAAUUCAACAAAAGGCUGUAUGAGCAGAAGAUCCCAACACAAAUCUUUUACAUCCCCUCUGCAAUACUCCUGAUAUUAGAAGGCAAAUCCAUAAAAGGAUGUGUGAGCGUGGAGCCCUAUAUUCUGGGAGAAUUUGUGAAACUAUCUAAUAACACAAAAGUAGUAAAGACAGAGUACAAAGCCACAGAGUAUGGCUUGGCCUUUGGCCAUUUCUCCUAUGAGUUUUCCCAUGGCACAGAUGUGGUGGUCGAUUUGCAAGGUUGGGUGACUGGUAAUGGAAAAGGCCUCAUCUACCUCACAGACCCCCAAAUUCAUUCUCUUAAUGGGAAAGAUGUUUCACACUCCACCAACUUUGGGGAGAAAGGAAUUUAUUAUUUCUUCAAUAAUCAACACGUGGAGUGCAAUGAAAUCUGCCAUCAUCUUUCUUUAACGAGGCCUUCGGUAGCGGAACCUAACUAGCCUCGUGCAAAGACAGCCUGACAGGUGCUGACGUGGGACCUGAUCCCGCACACGUUUAUACACAUAAAUAACACUGCUUGCAAGAGCAGAGCCAUAAAAGUAAAAUUACUUCUAUUCCUAAGUGUUGGAAGGAUCUGGGUCAUGUUCCAGGUUGGUAACGCAUGUUUCUGAAUACAGCUUGUUGUGGAAAUUAACAAAACCACAUAAAAGUAUAUUCAAGGAACAUAAAGGGUAUAAGAAACUCACAAGGGCCAGGAAAAUUAUGAGCUAACACUAGAACUUUGUCCUUACAAUGAUCAGUGUCAUCUAGAAAUCGCAGCACCGGAAGGAGACAAGAUAGUACAGUCUGUACUCAGGGCUUGACUUCAGUGUAGGGUUUUGACUGAGAAAGGACAGUGGGAUUUGUAACCCUAGCUGCUAUUAGGAAAUACUAUUCUAAGGAAGAGGGUGUAGUCAGGAUCUGGUAUAGUUAUUUCAAGUAUUUUGGGCUUGUAUUUAUGA